UAAAAGCAGUCUUCAAUGAAUAGAGCAGAGCAGACGUCGGCGCCGUCGCUGAGUGGCGGAUGCGCGAUGGAGCUUGGAGUGCUCGUAUACCGAUUAUACAGAGCCUUAACCUACUCCGCUUCACCGUUUCUUCACCUCCACAUGCGGUGGCGCAGGCUCCGAGGCCUAGAACAUUCCCGCCGGUGGCCCGAACGGUUCGGUCAUCCCUCCGCCGUACGACCACCGGGACCUCUCGUCUGGUUUCACGCCGUCUCGUUAGGUGAAGGAAUGGCUGCGAUUCCCGUGAUCAGACGAUGCAACGAGAUGAAGCCAGAGAUGACUAUCUUGAUGACGACGACGACAGUCUCUGCUUUUGAAGUGAUAAAGAAGCAGCUUCCUGUUGGUGUAUUACAUCAGUUUAUAAAAUUUGAGCAGUUUGCACCGCUGGAUACACCGGUGGCUAUUGACAGAUUCCUUGGUUAUUGGAAACCAAAUGCGAUUGUCAUUAUGGAGAACGAGCUGUGGCCUAAUCUCAUCAUGUCUGCUUCACAACUUCGAAUUCCAUUGGCAUUGUUGAACGCUCGGAUGUCUACAAAAUCCUUUAAACGGUGGUCUAGUCCUCUCUUACUACCUCUGGCAUCAUUGCUGCUAUCCAAAUUCUCACUAAUUGUCCCACUAAGCACCUUGCAGGGUAUACAUUACCAGCUGCUGCAGGCACCACCCUUUGUCAUUAAUUUUUCUGGAGACUUGAAAUACGUGGUAAACAAGUUUUAUGUAUCUAGUGGAACAUCUGAAAGUAUAAGAGAUCUAAAAGCAGAACUCUCAGAAAUGAAGGUAUGGAUUGCAUCGUCAUUACAUAGAGGCGAAGAAGAAGUCAUUUUAGGAGUUCACAACUUGCUUCUCCAGUCACAUCCUGACUCCGUUGUGAUAAUUGUGCCUCGACAUCCACAUCAUGGCCACCAGAUCGCUCAAAAAUUGCGGAACGAUGGCCAAAGUGUAGCUCUAAGGUCUCGAAAUGAAAAGCUCACAUCAAAGAAGACAAAUAUAUAUGUGGUUGAUACACUAGGUGAACUAAGAGAAUUCUACGGAGUAGCUCCAGUAGCCGUCAUUGGAGGUUCUUUCUUCCCGGAGUUAACUGGUCAUAACUUGUCUGAAGCAGCUGCCGCUGGCUGUGCCGUUAUUACAGGUUGUCAUGUUGGACAUUUCUCUCACAUGGUGAAGGCAAUGCAGCAGGAGAAUCCCUUAUCGAUUACACAGGUAUCGAGUGAGCUAGAGCUCAAAGAAGCGGUUGAAUUGCUUAUGAGUAACCCUGAGAUCUUGGAAGCACGUCAGAGAGCUUCUAAAGAGGUAUAUGAAUCUCUAUCGAGCUGCAUUAUCUCGAAUGUUUGGAAUCUUCUCAAUCUCCAUAUCUUUAGAGGGAAAUGAUUUGUUAGCGUGGCUAAUUAACAGCUGAAUAAUUAGAUGUAGACAUCUGUAGUAGUUGAAGCUCUAAACAUGUAUGUAGAAUUUAUGCUUCUUUUUUUUGUAGAAAACUUUCUUCUUUGAAUUUUGUGUAGCUUCAGGCUUGUUUUGAACUUUGUGAAACUUCAGGACUAUUUUAUUGAAAAUCCUUUUGCACUA